AUGACCCGCGGCUCCGGGCCUCCUCCUCAGAGAGGAGUGUUCAUCAUGCAAGGGCAGGGGAUCCCCUGCUGCUCCAGCAUCAGAUUUGGGACGCCCCCCUUGCCCCAACCGAGGGCAUCAGCGAUGCCUAGAAGGGGACCACAACAUACUCGACAGUAUCCACCGGUCUUACCCAAGGCAGGAGGAAGGGCGGCACCCCCAAACUCCCAGGCCGCCUGCAGCACCCUCCCUGCACCCACCUCCGCCUCUGGGGAGCAUCCUGCCACCGCCCGCCCCCCCCCACACCAGCCCCCGCCUUCUCACUCUUGGCCAGGCGCUCUGGAGACGUCUGAGAGCCAGGAUUUUCCUGAAGAGUCAGGAUUGGAAGGUUGGAAGGCGGUGAGGGCAUCAGGUUUUUUCUUCCCUUUUCUUCUAGCAAUUACGCCCCCGCGGCUAAAUUAAACUCCCAUCGGCUAAAUUAGGCCCAAAGGGAGAGGCACCUGCUGCUAAGCUGUGUGUGUUGUCCCCCUAGGACUUCCAUCCAUUGCUGAGCUCCUGACGACAAUAGCAGACGACAGGUGGCACUCUGAUCCCACCUGGCUUACAGGUGCUGUCACACAGGUACGCCUUCUUGUGGAUCAUCAGUCACCAUUUGCCUCUCGCAACAACCCUGUCCUGGAGGAAGGUCCUUGCCGACACCCGCCCCUCCCCACCCUUAAGGCUCCCUUGCUCAUUCAUUCAACCAUUGUUUACAUUUCGUUCAGGACUGCUGACUAACACUUUCAAGCACAGCGGACCCUUGAACAACGCAGGUGCAAACUGUGCGGGUCCACCCACAGGGAGGCUUUUCAAUCAGUUAUACAGGCCAGAGUGUCCCUGCCUCUCCUGCCUCCCUUCCCACCUCCUCCACAUCUUCCUCUCUGCCACCCUGAGGCAUCAAGACCAGCCCCUCCUCCUCAGCCACUCAACGUGAAGAUAACUAGGAUGAAGACUUUUACGAUAAUGCACUUCCACUUAGUAAAUACUUUCUCUUAUGAUGGUAAUGACAUUUUAUUUUCCCUAGCUUAGUUUAUUGUAAGAAUACUAUAUAAAUACAUAUACA